AUGCCUUUCUUCGAGGGUUAUAAGACUCUUCGUAGGAUUAAGGAAAGAAUUCGGGGAGUGCGGCGUAUGAAGGAAGAUCCUUUGGAGGGGGAGAGGGCCAUUGCUUCGGACUUCUUCGACCGCUGCAAGAUAUUCAACACUACUGUUGGCACUCUGUCGAAUGUUAUGGAGAAACUAGCGAGUGUCAACAACGAGUUGGUAGAAUCAACUAAGUCCUUCUACCCUAAUGACAAUCCGUACGCACCCAUAAGAGCUACUAUGAGCGAGGCUUUAGAGCACCUCAAGACCACCAUCCGGGGCCGAGGCAAUAAUCUGGAAGGCAUGAAGUAUGCAUCUGAGCAGCUGAUGAAGCAAGGGUUGGAUAUGAACACUAUGCUCACCGACCGGGACCGGGCUCAUAAUUUGAUGUCACAUUACGAAGUGAAAGUUAAGAAGCUGAAGGGCUCCAAGAAAACUCAUGCCGAGAAGAUGGAUAGGGUGUCCGGAGUACUAGCUACUCGUGAUAAGGAGUUCGCCACUCUACUGGGGCUGUUAUGCUCGUACUUGGCCACAAUAACAAGAGAGAUGGAGGAGUGCACGAAGCCACUGGGAGCCGUCUAUAAGAGGGUUGAGCUAAUCCAUGGCAGGAAUCGUGAAGGGAUGGAUGCCAACCCCUUCCCAUCUCCAUCUCUCAACCCGUUUGACGAAGUGAAUUCCGAAGUGACAGUAUUACGUGGUCAUCGCCAGUCAGGACAGCUUGGUCAUCAUGUGCCAGCUUCCCAGAGUGUUAAGACAGUGAUCACUCACCCGAGUAGCGAGGUCCAGCAGAAGACGCCUUCGGGUGUAUCUGUGGAAGUCAUUCCUGACGCUGGCACACCGACAACAGUGAAGCAUAUUUCGAGGGAUGAUGCCGAUGCCUUUGAUCCGGACGCUAUCAUGGAAGAGGAGACCAUCCGGGUGGGCGAGCAGAGCUCUGUCGGGAGUCUACCGGGCUCUGCUACUAAGCAGGAGGAGACACCUGAGGAGGAUGACAAGGAGAGCCACUUGAUGGACAUAAUCAAGGGAUAA